GGUGCGAUAUUCCCUCGUUUUUCAUCCGAUGCAUGUCGGUCCCCAAACUCUUUUUUUCUCUCUCUCGUUUUAUUUUCUGACGUCAGGCAGUGUGCCUCUCGCCGUUCCAAGCCGCUCUGGGGAGCUUUUUCACUAGGAUUUGAGCAGGGAAUCGCAGUCGGUGGGACUGAGUCCGAGCGGCCAGCGCGCGCCAUGAACGUGGUCAUCUUGCUCCUGUGCGCGUGCAUCUGUAUCGACGGAUUCGAAGCGCCAACAGGUGGAUGUACCUUUGAUGAAGACUCUGACCCUAGCCUCUGUGAGUACAGCCAAGGAGAGGAAGAUGACUUUGACUGGCAGCUGGUCAGGAUCUAUGAGACACCACCAUCAACCUCUGAUCUCCUACAUGGUUCCUAUUUGAUGGUAAAUGCCUCUCAGCAUGACCCAGGCCAGCGCACCCACCUACUUCUUCAGACACUGAGUGAAAAUGACACGCACUGUGUCCAGUUCAGCUAUUUCCUUUAUAGCCGAGAUGGGCACAGUCCCGGCUCCUUGAUGGUCUAUGUCAGAGUCAACAAUGGCCCCUUAGGCAGUCCAGUGUGGAAUGUCUCAGGUUCACAUGGCCGUCAGUGGCACCAAGUGGAGUUGGCAGUCAGCACUUUCUGGCCCAGUGAAUAUCAGAUGCUGUUUGAAGCGACCAUCUCACUGGAGCAUCAUGGUUAUAUUGGCAUGGAUGAUAUUCUUUUGCUCAAGUACCCAUGCAAUAAAGCACCGCACUUCUCAAGGCUGGGAGAUGUUGAAGUGAAUGCGGGACAAAGCGCCAUAUUCCAGUGUGUGGCUUCAGGUCGAGCUUCAGAAUCUGAUCACUUCUUUCUCGAGAGGCAGAAUGGAGAGCUGACACCAGUCGCGUCUGUUAAGCACUUGAGCCAUCGGCGCUUUGUGGCCACAUUUCAGCUGGAGGAAGUGGACAAGAGUAGACAAGAUUCAUACCGCUGUGUUACUCAGUCGGCACGUGGCUCGGGAGUCUCCAACUUUGCGGAGCUCAUUGUUAAAGUGCCUCCCACUCCCAUUGCUCCCCCACAACUCCUGAGGGCUGGCUCGACCUACCUGAUCAUCCAGCUUAACACCAACUCAAUUCUGGGUGAUGGGCCCAUCGUCCGCCGAGAGAUUGAAUACCGAGCAACUCAUAUGCCGUGGUCAGAGGUGCAUGCUGUCAACAUGGCCACUUACAAAUUGUGGCAUUUGGACCCUGACACAGAGUACCACAUGAGCGUUCUACUCAGCCGACCAGGUGAAGGAGGUACUGGGAAGCCUGGACCACCUCUAGUGAGUCGAACCAAGUGUGCAGAGCCAAUGCGGGCAUUGAAGGGUCUGACAGCCUCGGAAAUUGAAUCUCGGCAGCUGACUCUACAGUGGGAACCUGUGGCCUUCAAUCUCACCAGAUGCCACACUUACUCAGUUUCUUUGUGCUACCGCUAUGGAACAGGCAUCAGUGGGCAUAACAGAACUGUACGGGAGUGCCUAGCAGUGGAGCAUAAUUCAUCCCAGUUUACGCUCCGCAAUCUGCCCCCUUACCGUGCCAUCCAUGUUCAGCUGGUCCUCUCUAAUCCUGAAGGCAAGAAAGAAGGAAAGGAGGUUACCUUCCAGACAGAUGAAGACUUGCCUGGUGCCAUUGCUGCAGACUCACUAACCUUUACACCAUUGGAAGACAUGAUUUUCCUAAAAUGGGAGGAGCCCUUAGAAGCAAAUGGCCUGAUAACACAGUAUGAGAUCAGUUAUCAGAGCAUAGAGUCUUCAGAUCCAGGAAUCAAUGUGCCAGGACCACGUCGGACAGUUUCCAAGUUACGCAACGAGACCUACCACAUGUUCUCCAACCUGCACCCUGGCACUACAUAUCUGUUCUCUGUGCGAGCUCGGACUGGAAAAGGCUUUGGAGAAUCGGCCCUUACUGAAAUUACGACCAACAUAUCUGCCCCGGUUUUCGAUUAUGGCGAUAUGCCUCCUCCAUUGAGCGAGUCCGAGAGUGUCAUCACGAUCCUUCUGAGACCUGCACAGGGCAGAGGAGCCCCAGUCAGUGCCUAUCAGGUGGUGGUGGAGGAGGAUCGACCCAAGAGAGUGAAACGAGAGACCGGCACUUCAGAAUGUUUUCCCGUUCCUAUGACGUACGACGAAGCCCAGGCCAAGGGUCUAGUUCAUUACUACACGGCUGAACUUCCUCCCAGCAGCCUCCCUGAUUCUACGCCUUUCUCUGUGGGAGAUAAUCACACUUACAGCGGGUACUGGAAUGCCCCCCUUGAUCCCAGGAAAGCUUAUCUCAUCUACUUCCAGGCAGUGAGCAACUUUCGAGGGGAAACGAGAAUUAACUGUGUCCGACUCGCUCGUAAAGCUGCAUGCAAAGAUACAAAGCGAGCCUUAGAAGUAUCCCAGCACUCUGAAGAGAUGGGUCUAAUUCUGGGAAUCUGUACAGGUGGCCUCGUGGUCCUCAUUCUUCUGCUUGGAGCAAUCAUCAUUGUAAUCAAGAAAGGAAGGGACCGCUAUUCCUACUCUUACUACCCCAAACCUGUCACGCUCAACAAGGCCCCUGUCAACUAUCGUCAAGAGAAGACACACAUGAUUGGCUCCAUGGACAGGAGCUUCACUGACCAGAGCACUCUGCAGGAGGAUGAGAGAAUGGCCGUCUCCUUCAUGGAUGCCCAUAGCAGCAGCAAAAGAAACGAGCAACGCAGUGCAGUGAAUGAGUCUAGCAGUCUCCUGGCUGGAUCGCCUCGCAGACAGUGUACUCGGAAAGGCUCUCCAUUUCACACGGGUCAGCUGCACCCUGCAGUGAGAGUGGCUGACCUCUUACAGCACAUCAAUCAGAUGAAGACCAGUGAAGGUUAUGGAUUCAAGCAGGAAUAUGAGAGUUUCUUUGAUGGCUGGGAUGUAUCAAAGAAGAAAGACAAGUCUAAAGAUGACAGUCAUCGAGUGAAGCUCCAUCCAUUUUUUGGAGAACACAACUCUGACUACAUUAAUGCAAACUAUAUUGACAUUCGGAUAAACAGGGAAGGAUAUCACAGAUCCAAUCAUUUUAUUGCAACUCAAGGACCCAAGCAGGAGAUGCUGUAUGACUUCUGGAGGAUGGUUUGGCAGGAAAACAGCUUCAUCAUUGUGAUGAUAACCAAGCUUGUGGAAGUUGGCAGGGUGAAAUGCUGCAAGUACUGGCCUGAAGACACAGAAAUGUAUGGUGAUAUUAAAAUCACACUUCUGAAGACAGAAACAUUAGCAGAAUACACAGUGCGCACAUUCAGCCUGGAGAGGCGAGGCUACUCAGCAAAGCAUGAGGUGCAACAGUUUCACUUUACGUCUUGGCCUGAACAUGGAGUGCCUUACCAUGCCACAGGGCUUUUGGCUUUUAUCCGCAGAGUUAAAGCAUCUACGCCACAUGACGCUGGGCCUGUUGUAGUUCACUGCAGUGCUGGUGCAGGCCGCACAGGAUGCUACAUUGUGCUGGAUGUAAUGUUGGAUAUGGCCGAGUGUGAAGGGGUUGUAGAUAUCUACAACUGUGUCAAGACUCUCUGCUCCAGGCGCAUAAAUAUGAUUCAGACAGAGGAACAAUACAUUUUCAUCCAUGAUGCCAUUCUGGAGGCCUGUCUGUGUGGAGAAACUGCUAUCUCUGUUAGCGACUUCAGCCUGACCUAUAAGGAGAUGCUAAAAGUGGAUUCACAAAGCAACUCCUCACAGCUCCGGGAGGAAUUCCAGACACUGAACUCUGUCACCCCACACCUGGAUUUGGAAGAAUGUAGCAUUGCUCUCCUGCCACGGAAUCGUGAAAAGAACCGCACCAUGGAUGUUUUGCCUCCAGAUCGCUGCCUGCCCUUCCUCAUCACCAUUGAUGGCGAGAGUAACAAUUACAUCAAUGCUGCCCUUAUUGAUAGUUUUAUCAAGCCUGCAGCUUUCGUUGUUACCCUUCAUCCACUGCCCACUACCACGACUGACUUCUGGAGGCUUGUCUUUGACUAUGGCUGCACCUCCAUUGUCAUGCUGAACCAAAUCAACCAGUCAAAUUCUGCUUGGCCCUGCCUGCAGUACUGGCCAGAGCCAGGCCUGCAACAGUAUGGACCCAUACAGAUUGAGUUCCUGUCACGCUCAGCCGAUGAGGAUGUCAUUACACGUCUCUUCCGGAUUCAGAACACUACUAGGUUACAAGAAGGUCAACUGGUGGUGCGGCAUUUCCAGUACCUGAGAUGGUCAGCCUACCGAGAAAUUCCAGAUUCUAAGAAGUCCUUCCUGAAUCUGCUGUCACAAACGGACAAGUGGCAGAGAGAGUGCAGCAAUGGAAGGACCAUUGUCCACUGUCUCAAUGGUGGAGGACGGAGUGGGACCUUCUGCGCUUGUACUAUGAUACUUGAAAUGAUUCAGUAUCAAAAUAUGGUGGAUGUCUUCUAUGCUGUGAAAACAUUACGGAAUUCCAAACCCAACAUGGUGGAGUCACUGGAGCAGUAUCGGUUCUGCUAUGACACUGCCCUGGAGUACCUGGAGUCUCUGGAUACCAGAUAGCAAACGGUAUGAGCUGCCAACAAAGAAACCUAAAUUAGCAGCUUUGUAAAUUGUGAUGGACAAUUUCCAACCUAAUUUCAGUGUCAGACAUAACUGCAAUUUAAGACAAAGAGUGACUUGGUGGGAGACAUCAGUGAAUGCAGAUUGUUUCCCAUCUGGCAUUCUGCUGGUCUUCACUGGCCUUACGCUUAUGUCUUACAAACGUUUCCCAAAGAAGGAUCAAUGGAUGUUCAUUGUGACCGAGUCCUGUUCACAAACAACUGGAACUUUACAUCAAAAGAUGCGACCAGGCAAAUUCAUUCCAAUUUCUAAGAGGUUCAUUUGCUAAGUGACCCAUCAGCCAUAUUUGCUGCAAGAGCUGCUCUUUUGCAUACAGUAGCUCUUUGGUUACAUUAUUUAAUAUCUCAGCCACAGGCCUACCUGUGAUUUCUAAGCCAUGUUUAAUGAAUAGUCACUGCUGAAAGAAAUACAUUUGUGCCCAUCUGCAGCUGAGGGGCCUGCUUGAAUAACAUAGCUGGAAGUGGAGACCCCACAAAGAAAACAUGGCAUUGCCAAAAUCAGACUUAGGACCCCAUGGGCUCUAAGGCAGAAGAUAACAAGAGCAGAGCACCUCUAUAGUCAAGAGGGUGUGAAACUCAUCACAUUUGUGUUCUAGACCACUGUAGCUUGAAGCUUGUGUGUAUCCUCAUCAGGCUUUAGAGUUUUUAUUAUUUAGUUGUGCCUUCCCUUAGUUGCUUGAACCCCACCAUUUGAGGGAUGCCAGUGUGGGCAAAUUAGACAUACAGAAGUCAGUCGAGUGAACGAUUAAAAAGAAACAGCACAGCAAAUGAACUUUCACUGCCAUCUUCUGCUCUUGUCACCAUUUCUGUUUUUCUCUUAUGUAAAUGCAUUGCAUGGAACUAAGCUACAGAAAUAAAGACGGGUGGUCCAGAUGUUAUAGAGGAUUAACAACACAGGAGAAACUAUAGCGGAGUCCGCCUUUUACAAACCAAAGCUCUUUAAAGGUUUUGUAUGAACGCAUCCUUGAGUCACUGCUCAGCGAUGGAUGGUCCAAAUGUGUGAGGCACCUGACCAAGGAGAAGACCAGAAGUGUACAAAACAAAGGAAAGUUCCAAGGUCGGCGAGAGCUGAAUGGCUGGCACUUCCAAGAUUGUUUGUUUUUCAGCUGUGUAAUUUUUAAAUAAACUACUUGUUAUGUGUA